AAGACCUAUGUCAUAUGAUUGGGAAGUCAUGCGGCGCUGUCUUCAGGAAGUAGGCUGCGCGGUGUGGAUUUCGAUCUAGUCUGUUUUUGUUCCCAAACAAAGUGCGAGUCAUCGCCCGGUGAGUCCAUAGGAGGAGGUGGAGGAGCACCUAGCUUAGGUCUAUGGGAAUUAUUCUUUAGAAGUCAUAAGACCUAUUCUAAAUUGACACAAAAUGGGACCAGGUUAGAAUUUUCUAGAAAAUCCGUAUAGCGAAGAUUAUAUGGUUUCCGCGCAGGACAUUCAGCGGCCCGUUGCCGUAUCAAGAAGCCUCGGGCUGAAUUGAUUCGGACUCGCUGGCCAUUGUUGGCAAACGAGUAACGAAGAAAACGGACACCUAACAGCUAACGAAAUCUCCUCCUGAUUCUGUUCUGGGAGUGUUCUGACCCAAAACGUCGCCAAGAUAGCUGGACCGAGUAGGAAGCGACACAGCUCAGAACCAGACCCCAGCGGCAGCGGCGGGAGUGAGGCGGGCGACGGACGGCCAGUCAGCGGAAAGUGGCUGAAAAUGGCCAGCAGCAACAACAGCACUAGCACGGGAGAGACGGGUCGCAGGAGGGUCCAGCGCGGUUCCGACGACGCUGGCAGCACCAGCAAAAAGAAGCAGAAGGACCGGGCCAACCAGGAGAGCAGGGAGGCCAAGCGCGCUGCAGCUGGCUCCAUCAAUACAGAAGCCAAGAAAGAUGUGUUCAUGGACUGGAAGCAGAACGCAGAUGAGGUGAUCGUGAGGUUGCGCUGCGGGGGUGGGGUUCUGAAGACGGAGGAUGUCAACACUGCGUUCUCGGACACCGCCUGCAGGGUCUGCUUCCCAGAUGGCUCGGAGUGGAGCUGUCACCUGCACUCUGAGAUUGAGGGCUCGUGCAGUAAGGUGCUCUUCAAGGAGAAGGGCAGCAUCCUUCAGCUGGUCAUGAGCAAGAAGAUUCCUUUUAACACAUGGCCCACUCUUAUGCGUAAUAACAUGGAGAAUGAACCAGUGAACAUCAAAAUGGAGAACGGCAAAGAGCAAGUGAUCAACACUACAGAGGCACCCAAGCCUGCCGCCCAGCCAGCCACACCACCGGGGGGCGCCGAGCAGAAGCGCGGGAAGCCCGACCGUGGCCUCAAACGUGGGAUGAAGAACAAAGCGGCGUCAGAGAGGCCGGAAGGUGGUGGGCCGAAGCCCACCGAUGGCGUCAAGCUGGGGCAACCAAAGGCCGACGCCACCCCAGAGCCCAGUGCCAAACGGACCGUACGCACAAACAAGUCCUCCAAGACCCCUUCCACCUCCACCUCCACCUCCACCACCACGUCCACAGCAGGGGCUGCCUCAGUGAAAGACCCCCAGCCUAAACCUGCUGUCAGUGGGAAGCUGUGUAACCCCGCUCCCCUUGCUGACACCCCCGUCACAGCCACCACCACCACCACCACCACCACCAGUACCACCACCACAACCAGUACCAGGGACAACAGGGUAGCCACACCAGUCAGAGACCGCGAGCGGACACCUGUACCAGCAGCAGGGACGGCCAGCAAGAGGCCGGAAUCCAAACUUCAGGUUGAGCGGGAAGAGCAGAAGCCAGAACAGCUGGCUGUUUCAGGAGCCGGGUUAGACUCGCACCCCUCCCCAGCUCCUGCACGGACACCCAGCCCAGGCAGCAGCCACGGGCCUGAGGUGACCACCAACGGCCUGGACAGCCACGCAGGCCAGGGGGACAAGAACGCCAGCCCUGUCCCAGAGAAAGAGACUGAUGAGCGUGUUGACGCCUCUAAGACCACGCAAUCCCAGCCUCUGGGGUCGAGUAGCCCCACACCAGCCGUGGUCCUGAAGGACGAUGACGACGGCGACUCCACGGGCAAAGCUGGAGUGGACGAGGAGAAGAGGGACAAGUCAAAGGAGGAGCCUCCGGAGAAGAGCCAGGAGGAGGAGGAGGAGGAGGAGGAGGAGGAGAAAGGUGAGCAGCCUGGGUCACAUCAAGCACAGAAGAGGAAGGCGGACAAAGCCCCUGAACCCAUGGUGAACCUGAAGUUUGUGAAAAACGACUCGUAUGAGAAAGGGACAGACCUGAUGGUGGUGAAUGUGUACAUGAAGGGCAUCUGCAGGGACACGUCCAGGGUCCUCUUCAGGGAACAGGACUUCACGCUCAUUUUUCAAACCAGUGACCCUAAUUUCCUGCGCCUUCAUUCUGACUGUGGCCCAAACACUGUCUUCAAGUGGCAAGUCAAACUCAGGAACCUGAUCCAGCCCGAGCAGUCGAGCUAUGCCUUCACCCCGUCCCGCAUCGACAUCAUGCUGAAGAAGAGACACAGCCAGCGCUGGGGGGGCCUGGAGGCCCCCGCCACACAAGGUGCAGUGGGGGGCGCCAAGGUCGCUGUGCCCUCCGGCCCGUCCUCGCUCGAUAAGAGCCAGCCAGGGAGCAGCCAACACGCUCUGCCCGCUAAGGAGGAGCCACGGGUGGGAGAGGAGAAGCCCAAGCCCCCUCGGACUCCGGAGGACGCGGGUCUGGACACCGUUGGCCCACGCUCAGAACACGUCCCCAUCAAACAAGAGUCCAAUGUCACUACGCCUAAGCCCACCUGUAUGGUGCAGCCCAUGACUCACGCUCCCCCCUCGGCCAGCGAGCGCUCUGAGGAAGAGGAGGAGAAGAAGGUGUGUCUGCCAGGCUUCACGGGCUUGGUCAACCUGGGCAACACCUGCUUCAUGAACAGCGUCAUCCAGUCCCUCUCCAACACGCGAGAGCUCCGAGACUACUUCCACGAUCGGGCGUUUGAGAUGGAGAUCAACUGCAGCAACCCGCUGGGCACUGGGGGGCGGCUGGCCAUUGGCUUCGCUGUGCUGCUGCGGGCACUGUGGAAGGGCACUCACCACGCCUUCCAGCCCUCUAAACUCAAGGCCAUAGUGGCUAGUAAGGCGAGUCAGUUCACAGGCUAUGCACAGCACGAUGCUCAGGAGUUCAUGGCCUUCUUGCUGGACGGCCUUCACGAGGAUCUGAACCGCAUCCAGAACAAGCCCUACACGGAGACCGUGGACUCUGAUGGACGUCUGGACGAGGUGGUGGCUGAGGAGGCUUGGCAGAGGCAUAAGAUGCGAAACGACUCGUUCAUUGUGGACCUGUUUCAGGGCCAGUACAAGUCCAAACUGGUCUGCCCCAUGUGCUCUAAGGUGUCCAUCACCUUUGACCCCUUCCUCUACCUGCCAGUGCCCUUGCCUCAGAAACAGAAGGUGCUGACCGUGUUCUUUUUCGCAAAAGAGCCACACAAGAAGCCCAUCAAGUUUCUUGUUAGUGUCAGUAAGGAGAACUCCAGCACAGCAGAGGUCCUGGAGUCUGUCUCCCGGAGUGUCAGGAUUAAACCAGAAAACCUGAGGUUGACAGAGGUGGUGAAGAGUCGUUUCCAGCGGAUUUUCCUGCCUUCCCACUCUCUGGACGCAGUGUCCUCCUCUGACAUGCUCUUCUGCUUUGAGGUUCUGUCCAAAGAGCUGGCCAAGGAGAGGGUAGUGCUGCUGAGUGUCCACCAGAAGCCGCAGGUGCCCAGCAUCCCCAUAGCCAAGUGUGCAGCGUGCCAGAAGCCUCCACUCCCUGAGGAGGACAAGCUGAAGCGGUGCACGCGCUGCUACCGGGUGGGCUACUGCAACCAGGCAUGCCAGAAGAAUCACUGGCCCACUCACAAAAACCAGUGUCGGCCCAACUUUGAGAACGUGGGUCUGCCUUUCCUGGUCAGCGUGCCCGAGUCCCGGCUCACGUACGCACGGCUCGCCCAGCUGCUGGAGGGGUACUCAAGGUACUCUGUGAAUGUGUUCCAGCCGCCCUUCCAGUCGGGACGGACCUCUCCAGAGGUCAGCCAGUGUCGCGGAGACCUGGCCCCCAUGCCGGACGGUGCCCCCGAGGACUCGGCUCCAGGCGAGCACCCGGCUCUGGCCAGCGGAGCCGGGGACGCUGCCGACCUGGACAGCCUCAACGGCAACAGCCCAGCGGACGUGGCGCAGGCGGCUGCCCGUGCGGCGGAGCCGGACUCAAUCUCCACACGCACCACGGACUCCGGCUUCUCUGAGCUCACCUCCGGCACCCAUGAUCCCCCAGAAGAGAAGGAGACCUCCUGUGAGAAGACCUUGAAGCCAGAAGCGGUGGUGGCAGGGUUCCAGCAGGCCUCGGAGAGCGGCUCCGGCCACGCCCCCCAGUUCUACAUCUCCCUCCUGGACGCCAACAACAAGGAGCAGCGACUGGAGGACAGAGCAGAGGGGCCUCUGGAGAUCUCUGAGGACUGCACGGUGGAGCUGGUGUGGAAGAACAACGAGCGGCUGAAGGAGUACGUGCUGGUGCGCUCUAAAGAGCUGGAGUUCGACGAGGACCCCGGCUCCGCUAGCGAGACGUCCCGCGCUGGACACUUCACCCUGGAGCAGUGCCUCAACCUCUUCACCAAGCCAGAGGUGCUGGCGCCGGAGGAGGCCUGGUACUGCCCUAAGUGCCAGCAGCACCGGGAGGCGUCUAAGCAACUGCUGCUAUGGCGACUGCCCAAUGUGCUCAUCAUCCAGCUGAAGCGCUUCUCCUUCCGCAGCUUCAUCUGGAGGGACAAGAUCAACGACAUGGUGGACUUUCCCGUCAGGAACUUGGAUCUCAGCAAGUUCUGUAUUGGCCAGAAGGAUGACAUGCAACCUCCCAUCUACGACCUGUAUGGGGUAAUAAACCACUAUGGUGGCAUGAUAGGUGGCCACUACACUGCCUAUGCCCGGCUGCCCAACGACAAGAACAGCCAGCGCAGCGAUGUCGGUUGGCGUCUGUUUGACGACAGCACCGUAACAACGGUCGAGGAGAGUCAGGUGGUGACACGCUACGCCUACGUGCUCUUCUACCGACGCCGCAACUCCCCCGUGGAGCGGCCCCCACGCUUCCUCGGGCCCCUGGGGGCCGAAGCAGCCACGGGCACCGGAGCCGCCACCAGCCAGGCCUCUCUGAUCUGGCAGGAGCUGGAAGAAGAGGCGGAGAGACAGGAAGUGAGGCACCAGGGUCUGUUCGUCCGGUCACGGCUCCAGCGACGAUGCACGGCGCGCGGACAGGACGCAGAGGACGAGGACUAUGGCGAAGAUGGCAGGCUAAGAGGACCACAGGCCCUGCGACGACGACAACAGCAGCAGCAGCAGCAGCAGCGUCACCGGCGGCGCCGUGGCAGCAACAUCUCGGAUUACUCUGAUGACGACUAUGUCAAAUAUUUUGUCCUGGGCACGAUGGCUGCCCUGCUAGCACUGGCCCUCAACCUCUUCUACCCCCUAGUCUACCGCCGUUAGCUAGCCACUCCUAGCCUCCCAAAGUACACACUUGAAUCAAUACCCCUGUAUGUAUGUAUGUAUGUAUGUAUGUAUGUAUGUAUCAAUACCCCUGUAUGUAUGUAUUUAUGGAGCUCCGUAUGUAAGCAUAUAUUAAUUUAUUACUAUCUAUUUGAAGUCACGCACAUGAUCGAAAGCACACGUUAUAAAAAGGCAAUCAGUGGCAAUCAAAAGUGUAAAAUUGGGGGUAAGAAAAAAUGUGAAAGAAAUUGCACUUUGAAAACACUGCAGAUUCGCACACUAUCAGAGGUAGAUUAUUCAGGUGACAGAACUGGGCAACCACCUCCAUCUUCCAUGCUGCUAUAUGGUAUAGUUCCAUCCUGUAGAUCUCUGGGAAACGUUGUGACUUUGGGCUCCUGGACUCAUCAUUAUCAAUAAAUGAAUUAACACUUCUGGUUUAAGCCUCUAUUUUGGCUUCCCCAGCUAAUGCACUCUGGCUUUAAAACAGAUGCAGGGCUUUGGUCCCCCCUACAUGCAAAGUGGGGACGUUUGUGAUUUGUAGGGACAUUCAGGACACAGUUUUGCACUACACGCUACCUUAUGGGAUCUGAUAGUGUUGUUUAUAUGUGUAUGCUUCAGUGUUUUGAGUAUGCGAGAGCUGCAGCAGGAUGCAGUAUGCGUAAUCCUGUAGGUUUUAGGAAAAACAUUCAGAUGCCGAAUACUUGACAUGCACUUGACCUAAAAGUGUUACUUGAUUGUGACCCAUGUUUAGGCAUGGUUGACAACAUGAAUGUCAUUGGUGCGUUGGUUUUAGCUUUUGUGGUUUUAAUGCGAGUUAGUGGUCAAUCAGCAGUGACCGAGGAAUGCAUGGAGUCAUGCACUAGGACUGAUGCCAUUUACAAAUGAUUACAUUUAAAAAUGAUUAUAGUACAUUUAUAAUUCAGUAAUUCACCAGUCGUCUUAAUUCUUUUAAAAUACAGUGGGUGUCCUCUGGUGACACUAUCAAAAAGUCAAUUGUCAGUUGUUGCAAGUUGUUUUUAACCAAUAUAUGCCAUUCCUGUGUUAUAAGAGGCUUGAUUGUAAAGUGAAAUUGUAUUUGUAGUAGCACAUUAGACAGUAGGAAAUCUGCCCGCCAGCAACAUGGUUUCCAUAGAAUAAAAAAUACAGGUUACACCAUGAUGGUGCUCACUCACACACUCUCCUCUCUCUCUCUCUCUCGCUCUCUUUCGCUCUCUCAGACUCACACACACACACACCUCCUGAGCUUCCAAAUGGUUUGGAAACACAAAUGGCAGAUCAAUUAUUUGUUUCCCUCUUAAUUUAGACACCUACCGGUCUGUGGUAAUUGCACAUUUUGUGCUGGUUUCUUACUUUCUGCCUUUUUAAGUAUCAACAUCACCUGCCUUGUUUUUGCAGUGUUGCAUGUCUUUUUUUUUUUUUGCCGAUUCGAAUUAUCUAUUUGUUGAUUCAUUGUAAUAUCUAAGUCUUUGUUAUUGUUUGUGUGUGUGUGUUCAUUUGUUUGAGAUCUAAAGCUAAGUUUAAAAAGCCAAAUCUAUGUCUAGGUGAAGUGUAUUCUAUGCAUGUCUCACUCCUAACAUCUUAGACCUUAGAUUUCUCCCAUUACUUGAGUGAAGUAAUGUGGCUUUGGGUUUUCUGGAGGUCAGAAGCAUAACUGUGUAUGUGUUGGACUGUAGAAGUACUAAUGUGUCCAGGCCUGUGGGAGUAGCCGAUGACUCAGGGACAUUAGUGUUAUGUCUUGGAGCCCCCUCUCUCUGUCCCUUGAUUUUAAGCCAUGUCACAGACCUGGAAAAAGCCUCUGUGGACAUUUUUUCCCCCCUUGGUUUUCAAAUACCCCCUUCUUCCUUUUAUGGCUCAGUGCAAUGAAAAACGAUAAACCAUCCAUCCACUAUGCCAACACGAGGAUCUACCUAAAGUCGUCUGAAAGUUGUCAUAAAUACUAGGACUAAAUGCUGGAAUGUGUAACUGAAGUAUGCAACUAGAGCUGCUAGAAUGAUCCGUCUUUUGUCGUAAUGUAUGUGAAGAUAUUUUUGUAUAUUAGAUAAUUUACAGGAAUUGCAUUUGAAGAAUGAUGGCCCCUUGUAGUUGUCUUUCAUCUAGUUUAAACCGGAGCAGAAAAGGUUACAUUGUCCUUAUUGAGUAGAGCUUGCAGUCUAGCGGUUCACAACCUUGCCUGAAUGCUGUAUUGAAAUGACUAAUGAUAUUUUAACUGAGGUGUAAUGAUGAUGUAAUAAUAUUUUAAAUGCACAAUGCUGUAUAGGCUAAAAUUGCCACUGUUAUUUAAGACCCAAGAGAAGACAGCUGUUAAAAUAUCCCAGCAAUAACCUGUAAUGGUACUCUGAAAAAUCUGAUGCUGCUCUGUACAAUUUACUUGUACUGGCUUUUUAAAUAAAAUGUCAAUCUUA